AUGUCCAAAAGAAUUCUUUUACAGCUCUUGUUUGCCGCGCUGGCAGUUUCUACAAAGCUACCGUUUAAAGCACAUUUUGGGAACAAGCCUGCCCCUUUUUUGAUUGACGUGGAUCAGUCUUUUAUUGAAGAAACAAGAGUCAAGGCCUCUCUAACUCGGAUUGCUACAGAUCUUGUCCAGCAUGAUCCUCGUGAUGGACCCCUUGUCCAGAAUGUCAGCGCGAUUAAAGAUUAUUGGACUCACAACUACAACUGGAAUAAGGCGCAGAAACAAUUGAAUGAUCACCUACCACAGUUUACUACCACAAUUGAUGGUGCUGGUAACUACUCGCACCCAAUCCCACUCCACUUUGUCCACCGUCGAUCCUCAAGGAAGGAUGCCAUUCCCCUGCUGUUUGUACACGGCUACCCGGGAUCCUUUAUAGAGGUAGACCGCGUGAUUGACGGGUACUCGAAUCCUCCCAGCAAUGAAACAGCAUUCCAUGUGGUAGCUCCCAGCCUGCCCGGGUUCGGCUUCUCGCCGGCUCCCGAGUAUUUCGGCUUGGGACUGCGAGAGGCUGGUCAAGCUUUUCAUAAAUUGAUGCUACAGUUGGGAUACAACAAGUAUCUGGUUCAUGGCGGUGACCUUGGCUCCCACACCAUACGGUACAUGGCUAUCGAUCAUCCGGAGAGUGUUCGAGCACUACACACCAACCUCUGGUAUCAAGUCCCCAACAAGCAGGACAUGGACAGAUUCAAUGCCAAGAAUUCCACCGCAGAGGAGGCCUUUCUCAUCAACGUUCUUGCAGCAUUUAGGUUGACAUUACUGGGACAACGGCAAGUCUUUGAGAACCAGCCUCUCCAGUGGGCAUACGCUGCGACGGAUAGCCCGGUUGGUUUUGCGGCAUGGGUGAUAUUCGAACUUCAAGCCGGCAGUCCAUCUUAUUCCUGGACAAUAGAUGAACUCAUCACAUGGACUAUGUUGUUAUAUAUACAGGGGCCGUUUGGCAGCGCCAGAAUGUACAAGGAGCUUCAACUACGAGCAAGUUUGACUACAUUCACCAGCCGGUGGGCAUCACUCAGUUUGCCGAACAAGGCUUUAUCACGGUCAGUGAAGCAUCCGAAAGAUUGGGCACCUCGCCAGGGAAAUAUCGUUUUCUUUAACAGCUAUUCUUUUGGCGGCCAUUUCGCUGCUUGGGAGGUGCCUAACGAGCUUGUUGCCGACGCGCGAGAGUUUAUGAAGCCUGGUACCGCUGCAUGGGAUGCAUAUCACAAAUAA